GAGAAAAGAUGCUGCGCAGCAACUCACUGCCUUUCUGAAGACAAACAAUGUAUACAAAACGCUUCAGUCUGGUUUUAGACCCCAUCAUAGCACUGAGACUGCACUUGUGAAGGUGGUAAAUUACCUUUUAAUGAUGUCGGACAGAGGCUCUGCAUCUGACCUCGUGCUUCUAGAUCUUAUUGCUGCUUUUGAUACCAUCGAUCAACAUAUUCUUUUGGAGAGAUUGGAAACCCAAAUUGGUCUACACGGACAAGUUCUGGCCUGGUUUAGAUCUUAUCUGUCAGAAAGAUAUCAGUUUGUCUCUGUAAAUGGUCUGUCCUCUGACAAAUCAACUGUAAAUUUCGGUGUUCCUCAAUGUUCCGUCUUAGGACCACUAUUGUUUUCACUAUAUAUUUUACCUCUUGGGGAUGUCAUUCGAAAACAUAAUGUUAAAUUUCACUGCUAUGCGGAUGACACACAGCUGUACAUUUCAAUGAAACAUGGUGAAGCCCCAAAAUUGCCCUCGCUAGAAGCCUGUGUUUCAGACAUAAGGAAGUGGAUCGCUGCAAACUUUCUACUUUUAAACUCGGACAAAACAGAGAUGCUUGUUCUAGGUCCCAAGAAACAAAGAGAUCUUCUGUUAAAUCUGACAAUUAAUCUUGAUCAUAUUAGUGGGUUGAGUCACUGACGUGGUCUUCCUGUCUGGGUUGGCGCCCCCCCUUGGGUUGUGCCAUGGCGGAGAUCUUUGUGGGCUAUACUCGGCCUUGUCUCAGGAUGGUAAGUUGGUGGUUGAAGAUAUCCCUCUGGUGGUGUGGGGGCUGUGCUUUGGCAAAGUGGGUGGGCUUAUAUCCUUCCUGUUUGGCCCUGUCCGGGGGUAUCGUCGGAUGGGGCCACAGUGUCUCCUGACCCCUCCUGUCUCAGCCUCCAGUAUUUAUGCUGCAGUAGUUUAUGUGUCGGGGGGCUAGGGUCAGUCUGUUAUAUCUGGAGUAUUUCUCCUGUCUUAUCCGGUGUCCUGGGUGAAUUUAAGUAUGCUCUCUAAUUCUCCCUUUCUCUCUUUCUUUCUUUCUCUCUCUCGGAGGACCUGAGCCCGAGGACCAUGCCUUAGGGCUACCUGACAUGAUGACUCCUUGCUGUCCCCAGUCCACCUGGCCGUGCUGCUGCUCCAGUUUCAACUAUUCUGCCUGUGGCUAUGGAACCCUGACCUGUUCACCGGACGUGCUACCUGUCCCAGACCUGCUGUUUUCAACUCUUUGGAGACAGCAGGAGCGGUAGAGAUACUCUCAAUGAUUGGCUAUGAAAAGCCAACUGACCUUUACUUUUGAGGCUCUG